AUGUUCGACGCCACGUUCAAGGCUAAGCAGGACUUCACGGGCGGCAUGCGCAUCAGCCAGAAGAGGAUGGAGGCGGUCUGGGACGAGAUGUACCACGCCAAGUUCGUGGACCAGUACCGCGAGCAGAAGGGCAGGAAGCCGACCAGCAACGUGCUGGCAGGGCACAGGCUCACCAAUAUGAGAACUAUAGUUCGG